AAAUAUUUAGUUACCAUCGUCAAGUCACCAUUGUCGGUAUGGGGAUAGUGUGCUAAUGUAUUAAAAUAAAGAGUUAAUUUAACGUUUCGGAGGAUCGUUUUUGUAAGAUCGUGUCCUUCAUGAAGUCCUGAUAAGAUGAAGCCUUUCAUAAAACAGGCAUUCGUGGUGUCCGGGGCAGCUCUUAACAUAGCUGGACACGGUUGUGCUCACGGCUUUCCCGCUGUGUUGUUCACCCAGAUUAAGAGCGAUGGAGGACCUGUUACACUCACCGAUCACGACACUUCAUGGAUUGCGUCCGCAGUUGGUGUAAUGGGUAUCGUUGGUAACUUUAUAUCUCCCGUUUUGAUGACACGCUUCGGAAGACAAAAGGCACAUCUACUUUGCACCAUACCAGCUCUCCUAGGCUGGAUCGUAUUCGUCCUGGGAAAUUCCGUUCCAAUGUUCCUAUUAGCACGACUUCUCCAUGGCCUAGCUCUAGGAUUACGCACGCCAUUAGCAGCUAUCCUAGUAGCAGAAUACACUGAGCCUAGAUACCGAGGCGCGUUUCUAGGCACUUUUGCUAUAUCACUAGGAUUAGGUAUUUUGCUCUCUCACGUGUGGGGCGCACAUUUGACGUGGAAAAUGACUGCGGUGGUAUGUUCUAUAUUCCCACUGAUUUCCAUGGCAAUAAUAAGCUUAUCCCCAGAAUCACCGAGUUGGUUAGUCUCCAAAGGGAAAUUUGACGAAGCGAAAAAAGCCUUCCGAUGGGUUAGAGGAGACGGCGAAGAGCAACGAGAAGAAUUAGAAUCGAUGAUACGAGCCCAAGAAAAGGAGAAGCAUUUAGAAGAAUCGAGGAAGAACCGAGAAGCGCAAGAGACGUUAAAGGUGAAAAGAUUAUUCAAGUCUAUUAUGGACACGAUAAAGGGUGUCAUGAAGAUAUUUAAGAAAAGAGAAUUUUAUAAACCGUUAAUAAUAGCUAUUUGUAUGUUAAUUGUGUUUGAAUUUGGUGGAGCGCACAUGGUUCCAGCUUACGGUAAUUUGAUAUUACAAUCAGUUUUAGAUAAAGACGAUCCCAAGGAUGUGUCAUGGCAAUUUACGGUAAUAGAUUUAUUGAGAACUGUGUGCGCUUUCCUAGCGAUAUUCUUACUCAAGAACGUUAAACGUAGAACCAUAUUAUUCACAAGUGGUGCGAUGACCGUUUUAUCUCUUGCUUUAAUAUCUGUUUUUAUAUACUUAAGAAAAGCCGAAAUGCUUACUCAUAGCUUUUUAUUAGACACAGUUCCAAUGACGUUAAUGAUAUUCUACAGUAUAUCAUUCUGCUUGGGCUUGGUACCUCUCAAUUGGGUUAUAUGCGGUGAAGUAUUUCCAUUGACGUAUAGGAGUUUAGGAUCAACUUUGUCUACGUCAUUUUUGACGCCAGCUUUCGUCGUUUCAAUGAAAACAGCUCCACAUUUGUAUUCAUCUAUCGGUGUGGAGGGAGCAUUUCUAGUCUAUUCAGUUACCUUGACUGUGUGUUUGUUGGUAAUGUACGUUAUGCUACCCGAAACUAAGGAUAGGACUUUACAAGAUAUUGAAGACAGUUUCAAAGGUAAAACGGAAACGGACGUUGAGGUACAACUCAGUCUUAUUGAAAACGGAAAGGUUGUAAAAUAGUUUUAAAUUUUAAGUGAUCAAGUUCAAAAUUAUGUUGUACGAAAUGUUUAAUUAAGAGAAGCAAUGUGCUACGUUUUUGUACCACUCUUGCUUGUAAUAAGUAUU